AUGGCCAUGGUCAUGGAGAACCAGCAGCCGGUGGCGCAGAUGCAGCUGAUCCCGGCGCCGCCGCGCCCGCCUCCUCCCCCGCCGCCGGCGCCCCAGGCCUACAAGCACCACUGCAAGGUGUGCAAGAAGGGGUUCAUGUGCGGACGGGCGCUCGGCGGGCACAUGAGGGCGCACGGGAUCGCGGACGACGCGCUAGCCGCCGAGGAUGCCUUCGAUGAUGAUGGCGGCGGUGUCGGCGAAUCGUCCGAGGCGGGGAGCCCGUCGCCGACGACGGCCAAACGCAUGUACGGGCUCCGCGCCAACCCUGGACGGCUACGGAACUGCCGGGUGUGCGAGAACUGCGGGAAGGAGUUCACGUCGUGGAAGUCGUUGCUGGAUCAUGGAAGGUGCAGCUUUGACGAGGACGAUGAUUUGGAUGGCUCGCUCCGUUCGUCGUCGCCACCGCAUAAUAACGCCGACGAAGGCUUGGAUGAGGACGACGAGGAGGAAGGGGACCUGGCGUUGGCCUCCGGGUGGUCCAAGGGGAAACGGUCACGCCGCGCCAAGGUGAUGAUCGCCGGGAGCAGUGCCAUAUCGGAAGUGCAACAGCCGGCCCCAUCAAGCGAGGAGGAGGACCUUGCCAAUUGCCUCGUCAUGCUCUCCUCGUCUCGUGUCACGCAACCAACAGUGCAUGUGGAUGCCGACCAGGAGUCGUCCGCAUCAGCGAGCAAGGAUGAAGAAAGGAAUAAACUCCUGGUGCCACAACCGCUCUCGAUCAUCCCUCCCAUGACAGCACAGUUCAAGUUUUCUGCGCCUCAGGUGGUAGUGGCGCAGCACGUUCCAACCGUCCCACGCGGCUUGUUUGAAUGCAAGGCGUGCAAGAAGGUGUUCACCUCACACCAGGCUCUCGGCGGGCACCGUGCCAGCCACAAGAAAGUUAAAGGGUGCUUCGCCGCCAAGCUUGAGAGCAGCCGCAACGAGAGUACCCACCAACAGGCUAUGGCAUCGGCUGCUCUACACGACAACACCAGGGCCAUCCCUGAGGCUGUAGGAGAUACCAGCACUGCAGAAGGGAAGUCGGGUAACCUCGAUGCCGGCAAGGCGACGAGUGUUGGCGCCGGCGAGUUCGUUGUGCCCGCAGCAACGACGGAAAUGGCCAUUAUGCCGAUCGCUGAUGCAGCGCCGGUAGCAGCCGCCUUUUCUCCGUUCAAGAAGAAGGGGAAGGUGCACGAAUGCUCCAUCUGCCACCGCGUGUUCACGUCGGGGCAAGCGCUCGGGGGCCACAAGCGGUGCCACUGGCUCACCUCCAGCGCAACGGACCCCGCCAAGCUCCAGCCCGUCGUUCCCGAUCACCUCAUGGCGGCCAUGUGCCACCACCUCACCCUCGGCCGCCCGAUGUUCGACACGGCGGACCAGCGAAUCCUUGAUCUCAACGUGCCAACAAAUCCGUCGGCUGAGGCGGUCGCCACCAGACAGGCCGCCGAGCUCAACGACAUCCCGCUCUGCCUCAACGCGCCGGCGUCCAUGUAUGUGCAGUCCUGGACGGGGCACAGCAACGCCAGCCACGUGAACAAGACCGGGACGAGCAGCCGCAACGACGCGGCUGCCGGAGGCGGCGCGGCCACGGAGGACGAGGCCGAUAGCACCAGUGCGAAGAGGGCCAAGGUCAGCGACCUCAAGGACAUGAAGGUGGCCGGAGAGUCGCUGUCGUGGCUGCAGGUUGGCAUCGGCAUUUCCUCGUCGGAGAACAACGAGAAGAGUGCUCAGGAGGGAGCCUAA